ACGCAAUCCACGCCUACAUAAGAGCAAAAAAUUAGUAGUAGCUUAUUAACGCCUCGAUGCCGGCGAUGGUUGUCAUUCCGACAAUUGGGCGAGGACGUCGCGUGUUGGUGGACCAAGUCCACUCAAUUGUAUGUCAUCGGAAUAGGAACGAGGAAGAACAAUUUUUGGUGUGCUGGAAGACAGGCUCGUCAACACAAACCCCGCCCCUUUCAUGGCAUAGCGUGGGGGAGCUGGGACGUUGCCUAGAAUUUGUGCAAGACUAUCUUGAUAACAAGGCUAGGCUUCUAAUGCCUGCACUUGCUCUCCUGUCCAAGAAACGAAAGACACCGGAUUCCGAUACUGAGUUGGAGCUAAGACCCUCGCCUAUUGACCGCCGAUUCAAUUCGUCCAGCAGAACACCAUCCACGGAACGCUCUCCUUCAGUCUGGUCGGCGUCUCUUGCAAUACCAGGACGAAGCAACGUCACUGCAUCGUCGCCUUCACCAUCGAUUGAUGUAUACAAUGGCGUGUUGGAUUCGAAGAAUGGUUUCAUCGUGGCCAACAUUGCAUCUGGACCAGAUAUUCCUGAAAUUAACAUCCAGAAUGUACCCACUCCAGAGAUGGCACACGCCGCUCGACGGGCUAAGACAACGAUAGCGGAAACCCUUAUUCGGGCGGCAUAUCACCGUCGGCUCGACAGGGUCAUAGGGAAGAAGAUCUUCCUCGUGAACACAAUUGACUCUUCGACCCCUUCCCUCAGGUUCCGCUACAUCCCCGAGCACGUGCUCUGUGAUGGUGUGUUCAGAGUGUCCCCGGAAGCUCAGGAAGGAUGUGAUAAAUGUUCACCACAUAUGGGCCGUGGCAUUGGCUGCGAGUACACGAAGAAGUGUCGUUGCCUGGAGUAUGCCGCCGUCGACGAAGCUCGCAUGGAUGAUGAGCAAAAGGAGCUUUAUACGAGGAUCAAAGGGGGCUAUGAAGCUACGACCGACGAACUCUUGUCACUGCCCAAGCGGUUCCCUUAUUACGCCGAAGGAGCAAAGAGACAGCGUGCUGGCUGUCUCGUUCCCUUCUACCUUAACUCUCGCCGUCCGAUCUACGAGUGCAACGAUAAUUGCAAAUGCGGACCCAACUGCCGCAACAAGAACGUGCAAUUCGGCCGCACUGUCGAACUUGAGAUCUUCAAGACCGCCAGCAGCCGGGGCUGGGGUCUUCGUUGUCGUCAGAAACUCUACGAAGGUCAGUUCAUCGAUACAUAUCGUGGAGAGAUCAUCACGGAUGCCGAAGCAACCCGUCGCGAAGAGGCCACAUCCUCGAAAGAUAAAGCUUCAUAUCUCUAUUCUUUGGACAAGUUUAAGGAAUCGGAAGGUCUCGAAGACGAAGAUAUCUACGUUGUGGAUGGCGAGUAUAUGGGUGGUCCUACAAAGUUCAUGAAUCACUCUUGUGAGCCGAAUUGCCGGCAGUACACCGUGAGCUAUAACAAGCAUGACCCGAAGGUGUAUGAUCUUGCAUUCUUCGCGUGUCGCGAUAUCGAGAAAGGCGAGGAACUGACUUUCGACUACCUUGACAAAGAUGAGGGAGAGGAGAUGGAUGAGCCUGGAGACGACGCUAUUCCGUGUCUUUGUGGCGCGAAGAAGUGCAGGAAGUGGCUUUGGACUUGAGCUAGAGGUUUGAGUCCUCUUGAGGGAGGGUAGGGGGAUAAGAGGGAGUGGAUUUGCAAGUGAUGGUGGG